GCUACAUCCGCCAUAUUGCCUUCGCCUAAACGCGCUGGCUGGAUCUGCUCGUAUCCACAACAGAAAAUUGUUGCCGUGAUGACCCAGACGGUUCAGACCAAUGGGGUUCAACCCCUCAGUAAGACCUGGGAACUGAGCCUCUACGAACUACAGAGAACUCCACAGGAGGCGAUAACAGAUGGAUUGGAGAUUGCGGUGUCACCCAGGUCCCUCCACAGUGAACUGAUGUGUCCUAUUUGUCUGGACAUGUUGAAGAACACAAUGACAACCAAAGAAUGUCUGCACCGCUUCUGUGCCGAUUGUAUUAUCACUGCUUUGAGAUCCGGUAAUAAGGAGUGUCCAACCUGUCGUAAGAAGCUGGUGUCCAAGAGGUCUCUGCGUCCUGACCCAAACUUUGACGCUCUAAUUAGUAAGAUCUACCCCAGCCGUGACGAAUAUGAAGCUCACCAGGAGAGAGUGCUGGCCCGCAUCAGCAAACACAACAACCAGCAAGCCCUGUCUCACAGCAUAGAGGAGGGGCUGAAAAUACAGGCGAUGACCAGACUUCAGCGUGGUAAGAAACAUGCAGUGGAAAAUGGUAGUGGAGCUGAGGACAAUGGAGACUCUUCCCACUGUAGCAAUGCCUCCGUCCAUAGCAACCAGGAGGCCGGUCCAAGCAUCAAGCGCACCAAGACAAGUGACGACAGUGGCUUGGAUAUGGACAACGCUGCUGAGAACGGGGGUGGGGACUCUGUGAUUGACGGGGGAGCCAGUGAAAUAGAGCUGGUGUUCAGACCACAUCCCACCCUGAUGGAGAAGGAUGAUGCUCACAACAGCGUGGAGUUUGUGCCUCGCUACAUUAAGACGUCCGGUAACGCUACAGUCGAUCACCUGUCUAAAUACCUGGCUGUGCGACUGGCGUUAGAGGAGCUGAGAAGAAACGCGGAGGCCAGUCCGGUUAAUGUGGAGGCGGCCUCAGAGAAACAGUACACCAUCUACAUCCCCACUGCUGGAAACCAGUUUACUGUUCUGAAUGGGUCAUUCUCCCUAGAGCUGGUCAGCGAGAAGUACUGGAAAGUCAACAAACCCAUGGAGCUCUACUUUGCCCCCACUAAAGAACACAAGUAGACACACACUUCAUUAACACACACAUACAUGCACACACUUAUAUACACACACAUACACACACACACUAGGAAGUACACAGUGGGACUUGUACGAUGCUACACCUACACACAUGCAGCAGGUGGUGGGAAAUCUGUGUGUCCGAAGAAGAGGAGAGAGAUUGGACAACGGAAAGGGACCCUUGUAAAAAGAAAAAAACUUUUUGCUUUAUUUUCUCUCUCUGUAUCUCUCUCUGUGUCUCUUUCUAUCUUUCUCCCUGUAGUAGAAGGUAGCAGAUCAGCACAGCUGAGAGAUAACAGAGCUAACUAGAAGCAGUGAUUUUUCUCUUCCUCAAGUAUCAGGGUCAACUGACAGUCAUUCACUCUGAGAACUCCUUUACUGAAUGUCAGGUCAGUUCUCAUGUGGUCUACAGGGGCCCUACAGGGUCAGAUAGUGCAAAUGUGAUUUAUAUCUGGGUUCAGUCAAUGAAGCAUCUACCCACCUCAAGCUACCAUGUACUGUGUGUGUUGACUGGGCCACUCUGUCCUGACAGAUUAUGGUGGUCUAAAGCUACCAGGGGUUCAACGGGCAAAUCAUAUUUUGCUGCUUUCAUUAACGAUGGACCGAUAUUGAGUUUUAAGGGCCGAUACCGAUACCAGUUAUUAGUAAGGACAUUGAUAACCAAUAUUUAGGGCUGAUAUUUCUUUGUAGUAAAUUUCAAAAUUGCAGUGUUAAAAUUAACAGUAUAACAAAAUGCCAAUAUAAACCUUGCUUUGAAUUAACAAAUGUUUGAUUAACAUAAAAAACAUAAUCAAAGGAAAUUACAAGAAAAUUGUAUUUAUAGUUAUUAAAAUGCUAUAUUUUAUGGUCAGAUCAGUGAUGCUGGAUCAGAUUUCUUGUGUUUAAGGUUGUGUGCGGAUGCUUUUCACAAGCAUUUACAUUAAAAACAAAAGGAAAAUUGUAACCUCUCUGUCCUUAAGGCAGUUAUUACAAUUUUAUCUUCCUGUAAAAUUUAAUUAAAUACAAAUCCAGUGAAAAUAAGAAUGAAAAUUUUAACCAUAUUAUCAGAAAUGUUGCCCUACUCAUCUGCUUUUGUGCUGCUGUGUUUCAAACACUGACGCAUCUGAGUGGUUUUCGUAUUUGUCAUCUUGAAAUUCAAAAUUACUGGUUAUUGAAAAAAGUGCCAGGACUAAUAAUUGGUUGAUCCCUAGCUUUGUUGCUGUCUUUCCUAAUGGUACAUCAUUUGGUGGCUUAAUGUAGCUAGCUAGCAAGAACAAACUCAGAAAAAUAACUUUGAAGCCUUCCAUGGACCCCAACACUGGUUGCAACUAUUCAGACCUUGUUCAGGGUUCCCACACACCGUGGAAAACCAGGAAAUUCAUGGUGUUUCCAGUCAUUAAAAACACCUGGGAAAUCAGAAAACUGUUAAAUAUCCUGGAAAUUAUAGUGAAAUCCUGGAAAAUUCAGUUGAGAUGACAUAUGGAAGUGUUUUGCUCAGCUCACAUUGCACAGUUUUAGCCUGUAGUGCCCAUUCAUAGCCAGUGCCCAUGUUAUGGUGUAACUGCAGUCACUUGUGUAUGGAAGGCCAAACAGGUCAAAAACUGUCAGAAGUGGCACUUUGACCAGCAUGGUGUUGUCAGUAUGUUAGUCCAUUUGCCCACGUGUUUUUGUGCAAUAUGCUGCACAAGCGUUGUGUAUUUUGAGCUCUUUGGUUACGUUGUUCAUUUUUAAAUAUUCUAAACUGACCCUCUGUGAGCAAUGGCUAACAUGUACAUAAGUCAAUGAAUUUGUCCUUGAAAAAGUGGGAACCCAGAUUGUUUUUGAGAUGCAGUGACCAGUCUCUAAGUGAAGCCAUGGCCAGCUUUUUUUCAUCUGACAAGCUUGUUAAUGUCCACACAUUGGCCACGUUUUCUCAGCCACUCUCCCCUGGAGGACAGGAGGGGACUUGUGGUGACUUGUUGUGUUGGUAGUGGAAGCACACAGUCUCGGUCCAGCUGCAACAUCAGUGGGGGUUGUGCUGUGGUUUUCAAGCUCGGCACAGAUUUCAGCAGAAUGCAGUCAUCAACCACAGAACAACCUUGUUUCACAUUCCACUGGGAAAUGCCUGGAAUGUACCGGAGAAUCUGUCAGCUGUUGUCUUGAUCUGUUGCCUUGUAGGAACAGACAAAACGUCUGUCUUCUUAUAUCUGUGGCUGCUCUCUAUGGCUUGUCCUUUUAUAAAUGGCUUUUGUAUAAUUGAGAGGAAGGAGUGUGUAUGAGAGUGUGAUAGGGUUUUUUUUUAAUGCAGGGCCAUGCACAAGACAAUUUGGCCAUCAGUUCUCAGUGUCAGUUUCAUAUUUUUGGUAUUGGGUGCCGACCGUGCUUCCUCUAGUCCCUGACGAAGAAAGUUUUGCACACAGACCUGCUUGGUAAACUCAUAUGCCAAAACCACUAGUUAUCUCUGAUCUAAUACAAAAAAUGUAUUUACCUUUUUACAUGGCAAAACACUAUCAAAAGUCCUGUUUAAAAAGCAAUACAGGAUUUUUGCAGAAGUGGCUGUUUGCAGCAAUAUUUGAGCAUAAGUAUGUCUUUAGGAAGCAGUGAGCAUACAAGUGGAUAUCAGAUUUUGAUUAUACAGCAUGACUAGUGUGAGCUUCUUAAGCUGAAAUUUUGCUAGAGGUUUUCAACUGUAUCAGAGAUGGCUAGCUUUUGAGUUUGUCAUGAAGGUCUGUGAAUUUUCUUUAUCAGGGAUUGAAGGCAAUAAAUGGUGAGUACAACAAUGAUGCAUUAUGGAUGAAGCAUUCCUUAAAAUCCACAAUCAUUUCCUAUAAAAGAACCAGAUUUCAUUUGCGACAAUAAUAAAGCUGAAGUUGUCACCAGCAGAUCUGUAGUGUUCAGAUGUGUGCUGCCACCAGCUGUCAGACAGCAGCCUGGUCAAACUGUCAGCAUGCAUGGCUCUGUGGUUUUGGACAGACAGCGCAACAACAAGUGUUACGGCGGUUCAUUUGUUUUUGUUGUAUGUGUACAGACAGAUAGUGUGGGUGUGGCUGAAUGCGUGAAUGCAGCUUGUUUCAUACUUUACACUCAUUCACUGGGUGUGUGGGGGUGGGUGGGGAUCCUGUUGGUAGUAACUCUGAAAGGUCUUAAUGUCCCAUUAGGAUCAAUAAGCCAGAAGAGUGGUCAGUUGUUAGAAUUGGACUUGUGUGUGAGAGUGAAUGUUAUGCCAAACAUGUAUGUACAAGAAACUUUCAGUUAUUUUACCAUGGCAGACACAUGUAAAGUAUGUAAGUAUACAGGGGUCUCAGUUUUUCCCCCUCACUCAAAUCAUUCACACCAAGUUUGGGAAAUGUAAUGGCCCACCCUGAGACCCACAUUUGUAAAAGCUGGUUUUACAGUCCCAUUUUAGGUGCCACAAAGCUGUGAAAGAAAGCCUUCAGAAAAGCCUGUGUGGGUCAGUGGAGACAAAGGCGCAUUUUCACCACUGUUUAAUUUUUUUUUUUUUUUUUUUUUUUUUUUUUUUUGAAUGUUGAAGAUUAUGGCUGCAACAAUUACUCGAAUAAUCCGUUAGUUUCCAGCUAUUAAAUUAAUCGCCAACUGUUUUGAUAAUUGGCCAAUCAUUUUGAGUCAUUUUUAAGAAGAAAAUUUCCAAAUUCUCUGAUCCCAGCUUCGAAGAUGUGAAUAUUUUCUUGUUUCUUUAGUCUCUAUGACAGCAAACUAAACAUCUUUGGGUGAUGGACUGUUGGUUGGGACAAAACAAGACAUUUGAGUACCUUGGCUUAGGCUGUGGAAAAUUGGGAUUAACAUUUUCACAAUUUUCUGAUAAUUUAUGGCCAAAACAACUGAUCGAUUAUUUGAGAAAAUAAUUGACAGAUUAAUAGAUGAUGAAAAGAAUCAACAGUUGCAGCUCUGUCGAAGGCUAUGGCGUUGAGAGACAACCCGUACCUGCUAGCCAGCUAACACUUGUUUUAGUUUUUACCUUCCACUGACACCCCUGCAUUUUUACUGUUGAUUUAAUGCCUUCAGCUGGACCCAGAAUCACGACGCCUGAGUCAUCUAUCAUCGGAAAGGGGGUAUCACUGUCAGUUCAAGUGGUAGGCAAAAAAUAGAAGUUGGAUUGGAUAUAGCUUCACUACAUGAAGUACUCUCCAAAAACCCUGAGCCUGAACCUGGUUAAAACACCACUUCAUUCCUGUCUCACUAGUUAUCUGUCUGUCUGCUUAGUCUGUCUGUCUGACUGUGUGGAACCUGUAAACUGCUUCUUUCUGUUUGGACAAUAAAUCUGAAUCUGUGUGUUCAACAUGGAA